UUCAAUGAGUCGCAAACAUUCUACAAAUUUGCACUCAACCUCACAACCUCGGAUGACCCUAUCUUCACAGAGACCGAGCUUGAGGUUUUGUCCAAACUAAUAAACACCACGACAGAAUGGUGGGAAGAGAAGAGUGUUGCUUAUGAAAAGCAGGCUAAGAGUGAAGAACCCGUCAUGACCGCUGAGGAAGUAGCGACAAAGAUUCGCGAUCUUGAUCGUGAGGUCAAAUAUCUGUUGAACAAAAUGAAGAACUUUGUACCGAAGAAGAAGGUUGAGCCUAAGGAAGCGGAGAAGGCCAAUGCAACUGAUGAAGUGACUACGACAGAAGGCGCUGAAUCUAGCACUGAGGAACCGAAAACGAGCGAGGAUGUUGCUAAUGAGACUAAGCCUGAAGAGGAGAAGGUUGAAAAGAGCGAGAAGGAAGAGAAAGAUCACGAUCCUUCUGAAUUGUAG